GGCAGGCUGAAGUUAUGUGGGACAGCUGUCAGCUGGCAUGCUGGGUGGGGCCUAUUCAGCUGGCAGGGACAUAAGUCUGGGGACACUGAAUUGGUCUCUCUGCCCCAAGUAUUUUCAGCCCCAGCCGGCCACACGGCCUGGAUCUCUUCUUGUGGGUGCCCCAGCUCCACGAUGAUGGCAGAAGACCUCGAGGCCCAGAUCGUCAAGGAUAUCCACUGCAAGGAGAUUGACCUGGUGAACCGAGACCCCAAGAACAUUAACGAGGACAUAGUCAAGGUGGAUUUCGAAGAUGUGAUCGCCGAGCCCGUGGGUACCUACAGCUUUGAUGGUGUGUGGAAGGUGAGCUACACCACCUUCACCGUCUCCAAGUACUGGUGCUACCGCCUGCUGUCCACGCUGCUGGGCGUCCCACUGGCCCUGCUCUGGGGCUUCCUGUUCGCCUGCAUCUCCUUCUGCCACAUCUGGGCGGUAGUGCCGUGCAUUAAGAGCUACCUGAUCGAGAUCCAGUGCAUCAGCCACAUCUACUCGCUCUGCAUCCGCACCUUCUGCAACCCGCUCUUCGCAGCCCUGGGCCAGGUCUGCAGCAGCAUCAAGGUGGUGCUGCGGAAGGAAGUCUAAAGCCAGGUGGGGUAAUGGGGGUGGCAGGGCAGGGGGCGUUGGGCCAGGCUGGUCCCCAAGGGACUUUUUCACAGGGGCUGCUGGUGAGCUCUUUUUCUUUAAGGAAUGCUCCAUACCCACCAUGCUGGAGCACACAGUAUAGGGAAGCCAGAAAGAAAAGACAGCCCAGCCAGCCACAGAAGCACAGUGGCCCUUUGCUCUCCCCUAGCCCCACCAUGAUGCCCCCAUGCCCAGGUGUGAGGGAAGAUCGUUUGCUAAGAGGCAGCUACUGCAAGUCUUUGCAUUCACUUGUACUGUAACAACAUAAAACAGCACGCGGUUCCCACCCAGAGCCAACCUGUCCACGUGCACCCAGGAAAGUGACCAGUGACCAUUGGCAUUAGGAGGGUGGCUCCAAUAAAGGGUUUUGGCUGCAUUUGGGGAAUGCUGCAUUUUGUUUGUGUCUGUAAAACUGAUUUGUGUCCUGACCAGCUCUGAAAAGUGUACUUCACUGCCCUGAAACAGACACUGGAAAAGCUGGUUGUCUCUUCACUUGGCCAAAUCCAAGGAGCCAAAGAGACUUUUUCUUCAGAUUCUAUUGCUUGCUGGGAUUGUACAUGUUCCUUGAGAGACCAUGUUCAAGUGACUUCUGCUGCCCAAGCCCAAUAAUGGGCACCAAUGGAAGAAAAUGGCCCCUGGGCUGGCAGGGGCAGUGACCCUCCCAGGGUACCACUGAGGGCAGGACCUGGGUUCAAGCCUCCCUGAACUUCCUCUUUGGCUAACCAAGCCCCUGAAAUGCCCAGCACUGACACUUGACAUGAGAAUACCUUCGGCCCCAAGAGAUGUGACGAAGGUACAAGGUCUAAUUUGUGUGUGUGAACUCACUAUGGAAAUAAAAUACAAUAGAAAGAGCA